CGGAACAAACAAUGCAUCGGAAGGACAAAUAUAAACAAACAACCUAAUCCACCGCCAUGAGGGACGUUAGCGAUUUAUGUUGUAUAUGUUAUUAGUUUUGAAAAAAAUUGUACAAGUUAUUAGCUGACUAAAAUGUCAUCUUACAAAAAUAGAAUAAGUCAGUUCAAUGAAAUGCUUGCUGAUCCCAUUAUUGAUUUGUUAAAGUUCAAAACACUCUGUUUUGAAGGAAUUCCUGAUCAUCCCUCAUUAAGAUCUUUAUCAUGGAAAAUAUUGCUAGAAUAUUUGCCCCUUAAAAAAAGCGAUAGAAUAAUAGAGUUAUCAAGACACAGGCUAGUUUACAAAAACUAUGUAAAAGAAAUAGUUGCUCAUCCUGACCACUCAAACAAAGAAAAUAAUGUAUCAGACCAUCCCCUCAAUAUGUGCCAGGGAAGUCAAUGGAAAACCUAUUUUAAAGAUAAUGAAGUUUUGUUGCAAAUUGAUAAAGAUGUGAGACGAUUGUGUCCUGACAUAUCAUUUUUUCAACAAGAAACCUCUUAUUCUAUUUAUACUUUGAUAGAUGAGAUUGGACCUUGUGAAACAUUGACAAAAAGAGUAGAUCAAGCAAUCUUAGAAACCUCAGUAAUUGGAACUACAAAGGGUGGUCUUAGAAAUGCAAUCAUUAAAAAAUACAGAGAGGAAGAUUACACAACAUUAGAAGAUGGUAAAGAAGCACAUUGGCAGGUUGUUGAACGUAUUUUAUUUAUUUAUGCUAAACUUAACCCUGGUUUGGCAUAUGUUCAGGGUAUGAAUGAAAUAAUUGGUCCACUUUACUACACAUUUGCUUCAGAUCCAGAUUUAAACUGGCAAGAGCAUGCUGAAGCUGAUUGUUUUUUUUGUUUCACAAAUUUGAUGGGUGAAAUUCGUGAUCACUUUAUUAAAACAUUAGAUGAUUCUCCACUUGGCAUAGGUCAGCACAUGAACAAGUUAUUUUUUUUACUGCAGACAAAAGAUGCUGAGUUAUGGAAGGAUUUAGAAGCAAAGCAAAUGAAACCGCAAUUUUUUGCCUUUCGAUGGAUUACACUGUUGCUUUCUCAAGAGUUCAACCUUCCUGAUGUCAUCCGAUUAUGGGAUUCUCUUUUUGCUGACACAAAGCGAUUUGAAUUUUUACUUUAUGUAUGUGUCGCCAUGUUAGUACUUAUAAGAGAGCAAAUAUUUGAGUGUGACUUUCCUAAAGCAAUGAAGCUCAUUCAGAAUUUCCCUCACGAAACCUAUGAUAUGUCUGUAAUAAUUCGAAAAGCUGAAGAGUUACGCGUUGUUUCUUCAUACGUUCCCGUUCAACCUGAUGGUGAUCUUCCUUCUAAAAGUAAAGAAACAUUUUUACAAAGAUCCAAGUUUAAAAAAAAAUUUAGCAUACAUGUUCGUAAUAAAUCUAGCUAGAAUUUUUUUAUGA